UGGUCCACCGUGCUCCACGUCGCUCGCAACUACAGUGACUACAGCAAUACUUGAAUAUAAAACAAUUUCCUUUGCUAUUCCUUGGACUCAAAGGACAGUGAAUCUAUAAACGUUUAGUGUUGUGUAUAGACUACUUGCUAUUUCGUUCCCUGUGUGGUGUUUACCGGCGAUUCAGCCGACCUGUAGCUGUUUGGCCCGGGACGCCAAUACUUUGGAUCAGAUAAAACGUAAAUCCCCAAGCAUGAAGGACGAGCGUGCCAGUAUGCCGCGUGUACGCAUCGCUGUCAUUGGCAGCUCUCGAGUUGGCAAGUCCGCUCUCAUCGUUCGCUAUUUAACCAGGCGAUACAUCGGCGAGUAUCAUUCAAACACGGAUCUCCUGUAUAGACAAACGGUACCGAUCAAUGGUACCCCCGUCGAACUCGAAGUUAUAGAUGUAUCCGGCUCCAAUUCAGAUAAAUUUCCAGCUGAACAGAUUCAAUGGGCCGAUGCUUGUCUGCUGGUGUACGCAGUGACAGACCGCAGCAGCUUUGAGUAUGCGACGGAGGUGUUGAGUGCUCUAAAGCGGCCCCCGACGGGCGGCAGUCCGGCUCACGGGCCGGCCGGCGCCGCGGCGCCCAUGCCACUCGCACUCCUCGGCAACAAAACAGACCUAGACCACUUGAGACAGGUUACUACUAAAGAGGGUCAAGCAAUUAGUGCGGCGCAUGGCGCUUCAUUCAGUGAGGCUAGUGUUGCCGAUAACUCUGGCGACCUCUACCGUUGCGUGGAUCGCCUACUAGCUGAAGUGCGCACACCACAGCGCACGCGCAAGUUCUCCGUCACGAAAAUGCUUGGAUCGUUAAUAGGUGGUGGUGGCAAUAGCCAGACCAACCGCAGCGGUUCAAUGGUCGCGUGCCCGCGUGUGCCCGCCCCGGCGCGGCCGCCGCUGGCCGCUGCUGCUCCCUGACCGGCGGCCGCGCCUGCGCAUCGCGCACGCUGAUGCCUUGCCGGCGCCGGUGCAGUUUGGUUCGCCUGCCUGCCCGUGCCCGCUCGUUUCGCGCACCCCGCGCCUCUGUCCGCCACCAUCAUAUAAGCCGCAGUGACGAGGACGAGGUGUUGCGAACUACUUGUGCUGAUCUAGUGUGGAGCUCGUGGACUUUUCACCAAAGACCAGAUACUAGUCAAUGUAAUUGUAGUGUGCAUGUAACUCGUGCACCGUGAGCUUCUUUUAAUGUAUGCUUGUAUGGCAUUGUGUUGAAACAUCAAGUGAAUCAGUUUUAUGAAUUAUUGAUGUUUAGGUAAUUUUGACAAUAAUUGCGUAAUAUUGGCACGAUGACGUGUUUCUACUCAGGUAUUGAGGUGCCAAAGAUCUGCUAAUAUUAAUUGAUUGGUGAAAGUAUUACUUACAUAAAACUAAGAAUUAUGACAUGUUAUUAACUCAGUAAUUAAAUACUCAUUUGCAUAAUUUAUGACUAAAUGUAAUCAAUGAAUCCAUAUAAUGUCUGUUGCAUGUUGAUGUUUAAAAGUAUCUAUAGAGAUUAUGAAUCAGAGUAUACAUAAUAAUAUUAUCGUAUAAUGUGUUCUAUUGGUAACUAUCACAUCUUCAGCGUAAGGUGGCUGACUAUCACUGUACCACGUAUACUAUGUGUACCUUUCUAUGCGUUAGUAUAUCAAUUUGAUAUGGCCUAAAAUUUUCUACUUUUUCACAGUAUUAUUAAAAUAAGUCUUGUAUAGGCUAGGACACCUUUUACGAAACCUAUUUCACCGUGAGUUAACACGUGUAAAUGUUAAUUUAGGCCUACAUUCUUUCAAGAAUUUCACUUAUGGUUCAACCACGACAUACAUUUAUAGCAUCUGGUCGAUGAUAAUUUGCAUAUGCACGAUCUCUGCGUAAUUUUCGUAUGAUAAAUAGAUAUAUAACUUAAAGUUCAUUGAAAUAGUGUUCGGAACCAUAAGUGAAAUUCUGUAACAUAAUAACGAGUUUAUAAAUGUUUUGGAGUCACAAUUAUAUGUAUACAUUUAUUAAAGUAGACCAAUUGUACAGUUUCCCUUCAGGCCUAAAGAGUGGUGAAUUGAGGAAAUAUAUCACAUUUUAAAAUUCAGAUAACUGUUGUUAAUAGAUUCUAUGUAAAAAUCUAUAUAAAUUCUAUUAUAACUUCACAUUAUACGAAAAGUGUUGAAUGUUUAGCAUUGUUAUGCUAUGUAUGUAUAACAUAUUUCUAUACAAAUAUUAUUUGUAUUAAUAUUUAGUCAUCUUCUAGUCAUAGAUUAACGGCUGUGAAAAGACAUUUUGAAUGUUUGGCUGGAGUGAUAAGAGACGGUCUGAAUAAACAAUGUAAAUGUAUAUUGCAAGACAAAAUGUCUACGUGUAUUCUGUCAUAUGGGAUGUAGUAAUAAUGGAUAGUAUGGUAGGACUUGUAUAUAUUGCGAAGCAAAGAUUUGGCUGGUGUGAUAUCGUCGUAAGUUAUUGUAAGGACGCCGCACUCAAAAACUAAUUAGCAGUGUUUAACGAAUCAAUACUAAACUUUAAAGAUGUCAUAAUUAUGACGUCAUUGUAAAUUUCAAAUUGUAAAUUAAAGAAAAAUAAAUGUGCGGCGGGGAAAAGUAACGUGAAUGCCUUACCUUGAUUUGCAAAAUUUACUAAGGCUAGGAACGAAGUAGGUUGUAGCGCUACGCAUUUGCUACGACUGCUACGCCGUAGUUCUUGAACCUUUGCUACGAAGUUUCGUAGUUCCAUCUUAAAUGCUUCAACCAAGUUCGUUCCAAGUCUUAUUGUUAAAGUAUUAACUAUUCCAUAAAAUUAUAUUGAUGAGAACAGAAUUGAGGAAUGUAAAUAUGUAUUGUACAUUGUUAAGGGGACUAAAACGUCGGAACUGAUUGGAAUAAGUUGUAAAUAUUUUUAAUUGAUUAGCUUUAAUAAUAUUAAA